AUGGCUGACGUCGGAGUCACCCCGUCCAACAAACUGGACGAAAAGGCGGCGUCUGUGAAGGAUCAUGGGGGGAAAGAAAACGCAGAACUAAUGGCAAAUCAGACCCCGGCCUCAUCCCCCAGGCAAGACGAAGGAAGGGCAUCCGCAGGACAGGCCUCAGGUCAGCUGUCCGAGACCAGGAAACAGGCUCCUAGUCAUAGGAAACAGCCAUCGAUUCCAGAAAACGCCGUAUCGCCCGGUCGCCGCAGCGUCUCCUUUGCCCGAAACGCGUCGGACAAUGAGGGGCACCACGAACCCCCCAACGAACAACCCCGAUCAAGGGCAUCUUCGCUGUGGGGAGAAGAAAGUGACUCGAAGAAGCAAUCCCUCUUCACUAAGCUACGGGCAUUUGCGGCUGCUCCAUCGUUUCCUACGCAUUCCCGCUCACCCAGCGGGGCGACCGUCGGUCCUGCCUCGAAUGAUUACAUUGGGACUCCAGGGUCAGAGAGAGGAGAGUUCCGUUUCGCCAAUGCCCUCCAAGAAGAAGGAAGCGAGAUUGAUGCCGAUGCGGAGGAGAGCGCCGGGGAACAACAACGCUCCCGCCUGGGAAGAAAAAAGAAGAAGUCGAGAAGACCACCAGAUAGCAACCCUCCGACGGCACCCACAACUCCCCGGGCUGCGUCCAGACCACCCUUCUACUCCUCGAAUUCGUUUAUCUCUCCCUCAGAAUCCUUCCGGCAUAACUUCUUCCCGCGGCGGGCGAGCACAACUGAUUUCACGCCACAACAGCGCGAGGGAGUCUCCGAAGACGAAGGUCGGGACAGGCUCACUAGAGCUGCAACCAGGAGACGACGUGAUGCAUGGUUGUCCGGUGCUCGUGCUCUGGGCCACCGACAAGACACGCAGGAGAAUAACCGGGAGGACAAGCGGCCAAGUCACCUGAAGAAACUGACUGGUUUUGCGGGACCAUCAGAGAAUGCGGAAGGUACCACAACGUCUUGGAGACGCCAUCGACCCGAUCGAGGGUCGAGUCUCAGUGCUCAGAAGUGGAAGCAGAUCAAAGCUGGCCUGAAGGCGAUCGGACAGCGCCGCAAAGCCGAGAACGCUGUUGACCACAUGAAAUCCGCCGAGUUACUGGCCGAACUAACUUCCGGUGUUCCAGCUGCGUUGAUCCUAGCAAGCAUGUUCCAACGGGAUGAGCAUGGCAGUCGGCGUAUCCCUAUCCUGCUAGAACAGUUGAAGGUGCAAGUGACAGAUAGCCGCUUCGAUUCUCAUUCCGGUGAUCGUCACUUGGUCUUCAAGGUCGAGCUGGAGUACGGCAGUGGCAUGACACGGAUGAAAUGGAUUAUCCAUCGCACAUUGAGGGAUUUCGCGAACCUUCAUCUCAAAUACAAGUUACACAUCGGCACGCAGAAGUAUAUCCAACUAAAAGGCCAGGAGCAAAGUCAGAAACUGCCUCGGUUCCCAAGGAGCGCAUUCCCUUACCUCCGAGGCGUCCGGGGUCUAGAUAGUGACGGCGACGAUGAGGAGGACGAUGGCGGAUAUGAGACUGGUGCCGAAGCCACAAGUGGAAAUGAGAAAGGGAAAAAGAAGAAGGCACGGCGCUCCUCCAUUGGUGGCCUCCGCAGGCGUUCUGGUACGCAAGAUAGGGAGAUCGCUUCUGGAACUGAAGGAGCCGUGACUACGAAGAAAGAGUCAUAUCCUGAGAGACAAAGGAAGAAACUAGAGGCCUACCUACAAAAAAUGAUCAGCUUCUUGAUCUUCCGACCCGAUAGCAAUCGCCUGUGCAAGUUCUUCGAGCUGUCAGCUCUCGGUGUCCGUCUGGCUGCUGAAGGCAGUUAUCAUGGCAAGGAAGGGUUUCUGAUUAUGCAGUCAUCCAAAGGCCUUGAUUUCAGGAAAGCCUUGAACCCUUCGAUGGUCAAGAAACGGCACACGCCCAAGUGGUUUUUGGUCAGACAUAGCUAUGUCGUCUGCGUGGAUUCUCCGGAGGAUAUGCAUAUCUAUGAUGUCUUUCUGGUGGAUUCGUCCUUCAAGGUUCAGGCCCAGAAGGUACGGUUGAGAGAACAGAAAGCGAAGGAAAUGGCAAAGUCUGCCAAAGAAUCAGCUGCUCACCCACAGCACCACACAUUGAAGAUAGAAAACUCCGAGCGUAAAUUAAGACUGUUGGCCAGGAACGAACGCCAACUAUGUCAGUUCGAGGAUUCGAUCCGGUUCAUGGUCCAGAAUACACCAUGGUCGAAGACAAACCGUUUCGAUAGCUUCGCUCCCGUCCGACCAAAUUGUUUUGCGCAGUGGCUGGUCGAUGGGCGUGAUCAUAUGUGGCUAGUAUCUCGAGCAAUCAACCAAGCCAAGGAUGUUAUCUACAUCCAUGACUGGUGGCUAAGUCCUGAAUUAUACAUGCGGCGACCACCAGCUAUUAGUCAAAAGUGGAGAUUGGAUCGCUUGUUACAACGCAAGGCCCGUGAAGGAGUGAAGGUGUUUGUUAUCAUGUAUCGGAACAUUAACUCCGCCAUUCCCAUUGAUUCCGAGUAUUCGAAGUUUUCUCUGCUCGAUCUGCAUCCGAACGUCUUCGUUCAGAGAUCCCCCAAUCAGUUCAGACAGAAUACUUUCUUCUGGGCACAUCACGAGAAACUCUGCAUUGUUGACCAUACCUUGGCUUUCGUUGGAGGAAUUGAUCUCUGUUUUGGAAGAUGGGACACGCCCCAGCAUCUUGUCACGGACGACAAGCCGACCGGUUUUGAGUCUGCAGACAUGCCGAAGGACGCUGAUCAUUGCCAGCUCUGGCCCGGCAAGGACUACUCCAACCCUCGUGUGCAAGAUUUCUUUGAUCUUGACAAGCCAUAUGAAGAGAUGUAUGACCGCAGCGUCAUACCCAGAAUGCCCUGGCACGACAUCUCUAUGCAUGUAAUUGGCCAGCCGGCUCGGGACCUGACGCGGCACUUCGUACAGCGAUGGAACUAUAUCUUACGCCAAAGAAAGCCCACACGACCAACUCCUUUCUUGCUUCCUCCUCCUGACUUUAACCCUGGAGACAUGGAGGCCCUUGGUCUCGACGGAACCUGCGAGGUCCAGAUCCUCCGUUCUAGUAGUAUGUGGUCUACAGGGACACCUGAGGUCACGGAACACAGUAUCAUGAACGCCUACGUCAAGUUGAUCGAACAGUCUGACCAUUUCGUUUACAUCGAGAAUCAGUUCUUUAUAAGUUCCUCCGAGGUUGAUGGGAAGAGGAUCGAAAAUCAUAUCGGUGAUGCGUUGGUCGAACGUAUAAUUCGAGCAGCUAAGAAUGGAGAGACUUGGCGCGCGGUCAUUGUUAUCCCCCUCAUGCCUGGUUUCCAGAAUACCGUCGACAGCGAGGGUGGAACUAGCGUCCGACUGAUCAUGAUGUGCCAGUAUCGCAGCAUCUGCCGCGGCGAAUCUUCCAUAUUCGGGCGACUCAGGGCUGCGGGUAUCGACCCAGAAGACUAUAUUCAGUUCUUCAGUCUCAGAGCGUGGGGUAAAAUUGGACCUCAGAAGCAACUUGUCACCGAACAACUUUACAUCCACGCAAAGUGUAUGAUUGUCGAUGACCGUGCAGCAAUUAUUGGGUCUGCUAAUAUCAAUGAACGAUCCAUGCUCGGCUCUCGAGACUCCGAAGUUGCUGCUGUCGUCCGUGACACCGAUAUGAUAAAGUCGACGAUGAAUGGAGAGCCGUACAUGGUCGGACGCUUCCCUCAUACCCUUCGUAUGCGCCUGAUGAGAGAACAUCUUGGCAUUGAUGUGGACGAGCUGCUGGAGCAGGAAAUUGCAGCAGAGGCGGAACUACAGCAGGAGGACGAAGGCGCCCAGAACCCGGGAUGUGAAGACGAGUCCGCACGGAUGGCCCAGCAGGAUGAGCGUGAGAUGGUUGAACGUAGGCAUCGGAUUCAGGACGAAUUCCUUUCUCGUUCAGAGGAAAUGCACAGUUUCAACCACGACGUCGACUGGGAGCAGGAGAACAACCCCAACCUCAAGUCGAACAAGAAGUUGACGGCCGAUUCCAGAGUGACCCGCAAUAUGGAGCACAGGAAAGAUGUGGACGGUGAGGGCGCAGACGUCAUGAACAUAGCCCUGCAGACUGGCUUCGGCGAGGGUCGAGAUUCUGGAUUCAUUGAAAACAAAAAGGAAGUUCUUGUCGCGCCCGUUGCGCCCGAGGGCAAAGGGACACUGAAACAGCCUCGCGUUCUGAAGAACGAAUCAAAGUCCAGCCCUAGUGAUGUGAUUGAUCCCAAGGAAAACCAGCUUCCUCCGGUGCCUAAUGGAACGGACACCGAGCCGCUCACCUCUCAACUCCCACCUCUCCCAGGCACAAAUGACAAUGACAUUAGCGGGCGCCCUCCGCCAUCAAGGGAUGUUGCUCCUGCGCUGCGGUCACAGAACGGUAUUUCUGAGAUGAGACGCCCCUUCGUAGACAAGGACUGCAUGAGAGACCCUGUCAACGAUGCCUUCUAUCUCGACACAUGGCAAACUGUUGCCGAGAACAACACAAAGCUAUUCCGUGCUGUGUUCCGCUGCAUGCCCGAUAGCGAGGUGAAGUCCUGGAAGGAGUACAAGGAAUACGCUGCAUACGGCGAACGCUUCUCAGAUAUGCAAAAUCACUAUGGUUCCAACGCGCAGAUGCAUCCCCAGUCUAAACCCCAGAGCGGCCCGCCGGGAGCAGGCACAACAGUUUCUUCCGCCCUCGCUGGAGGCAAGGCGGAGGCCCAGCAGGCUGCUCAAGAGGUCGGUGGUUCUGAAGACGAACCCAAAUCUGCGGUUACACUCAAUGAAGUCAAGACCGGUGGAUCCUCGACAGAUGAAAAGCUCAGACAGUGGGCUUUGGAAGCAAACAGAGCACAAAUUGAACGGCAACAGAGGGAGCUAUCAAAAGAGGAAACACAUUCAUCUCAGGACGAGAAGGCAGCUUUGAAGGUAUCGGAUACGCAAUCGUCACGUACGACGCCCAACACGCAGAGCAACGAGAAUGUUGCACCGUCCGAGGAGGCCGAGAAGCAGCGCUCCGGGUCUCAAUUCGUUGGCUAUUCAGAGGCGGUCAACAUGAAUGCGUCUUCCCAGCCCCGAAGGCGAAGACGGAGAGCCACCACGCUUGGCUCAAAGAGGGAGUUCCAUGCCUCUGAUGAUAUCAUGAGCAAAGAGCAGGCAGAAGAGUUAUUGAACAUGGUGCAAGGUCACCUUGUUCUCUGGCCUUAUGAAUGGUUGGAGCGAGAGGAACAAGGCGGUAAUUGGCUAUACACGCUGGACCAGAUAUCGCCUCUCGAAAUCUAG